UUUAAAUAUGAAAUAUCUGAUUGGUGAGCGGGGGGGUUGCUUCCUGCAGCACACGCAGACACCGGCGGCCUCACACGACGACGACGCCGUCGGCGGAGCACAGCGACACAAACACCGCGGUGUCGUCGGAGUCAUGGACGCCGCGGAGGAGCCGCUCAUCGCCGGCCGCCGAGGCCGCUGAUCCGCGGCACAUGCUCAGUAAUGUGCACCGGGACAACUUGGAAGGCUUUAGCUGUGGCUGCUGAGGUCACCGCACCGGAGGGAGGAGGAGAGGGAGAGAGAAAAAAAAAAGAAAAAAAACAAAAAAAAAAAACUACACUCACUCCCUCCACUACGCCGCCUCCAUUUUGAAUAGCCAUGUAAUAGGGGCUCCGCGUAGUUUGUGUGUGUGUCGCCCGCUGCGCUGCGUAGUGUCAACAAGCCACCGCCAGACGCCCUUCGACAUGGACGACCUGUUCAGCCCGCGGAGGAGCCUGAACAGCACACAGGGCGAGAUACGCGUGGGGCCAAGUCACCAGGCCAAGCUUCCAGAGUUGCAGCCACGGCCGACUCUUGCUCUGCAGACUCAGACAGACAGUGAGGAGCUCAUGUGGACGCCUGGGGUCAAUGACUGUGACCUCCUCAUGUACCUCAGAGCUGCAAGGAGCAUGGCAGCGUUUGCAGGGAUGUGUGAUGGUGGAUCCACAGAGGACGGAUGUUUAGCAGCCUCCCGCGAUGAUACCACACUCAAUGCCCUCAACAUGCUUCAUGCAAGUCAUUAUGAUGCAGCCAAAGCUCUCCAGCGUCUGGUCAAGAAGCCUCUGCCAAAGCUCAUUGAGAAAUGCUGGUCGGAGGCUGAUGUGAAACAUUUCAUCAAAGGCCUGAGACAAUACGGAAAGAAUUUCUUCCGCAUCCGGAAAGACUACCUACCCAGCAAAAAGACUGGAGAGCUGAUCAUUUUCUACUACCACUGGAAGAAAACUCCCGAGGCAGCAGGAACCAGAGCUUAUCGACAGCAACGUCGACAGCCGUCGUCUCGCAAGGCAAAGACUCGCUCUGCGGCAGCUUCAGUCAACACCACAUCGCGCAAUUAUUCAGUGGAUGUUAGUUCUGCCAGUGAUGACGAUCUUGACAGUGAAGACAGUGAACAGGACAUAAAGACCUGCAGCCACUGUGGUACAACAAGUUCUAAAGAUUUGCACCACGGAGGAAAGGAUAAUAACCCUCUCCUGUGCACGACUUGUCGUGCCUACGAAAAUAAACACGGAUGUCUGCCGCCAGCUCCGAAAUCUUCAGGCGCUCCAUUCAUGUUUAAACCUGUUAAAGAGGAAGAAGAGGUGAACAGCAAGCAUGGCAUGAGGACACGGCGAAGCAGAGCACCUCAGCUGUCAUCUUUGAGAAGUGGCCACAGGAGGCUGACAGGCUCCCCCACCAGUGAGGAUCAGCAGUCCAGUAACCAGCCGUCCCCCAGCGGAGUGACCUCCACCUCUCUCAGAUCGUCUUCCACAGACAACAAGAGUGAGUCCACCAAGAGGUCAAACAAGAAGAUAAAAGAGGAGGUAACGUCACCCAAGACGACAAAGCGUGUACGAGAGAGUCCUGCUCAGGAGCCUGAAAAAGUUACACCUAAAAGGCAGAAGACACAGGAUCCACAGGGCUCCCGGUCAGAGGGAGAGGCUGAGGUAGAGGAAGAAAGCUCUUCAGAAAGCCGCAGCGCUCAGGACGAUGGCAGUAGUGACACCAAAGACAUUGAUCAGGACAACCGCAGCUCCUCUCCCAGCAUUCCCAGCCCCCAGCAGGGCAACGAGAGUGACUCGGACUCAUCUGCGCAGCCCAACGGCGUCCCACAGGAGCCCGUUACCCCGGCUGCUGUGUUGGCUGACACACCAGUCCCGCCGGCCCACCUCUCUCAGGCUCCUGCCAUCACUGCUCAGCCACCGCAAAGCGCCCCCUCUGCUGACCCUUCUCAGAGCCCACCUCCGCCUUCUCCAGACCCCCCUCAGCCAGCAGCCAGCCUGUCUCCUGCCACAGGGGGUCCAUACAGCCGACCACCACCCGUCUCUCACUCUCUCCCUGGUCCGCCUCCUCUACCGCCAGCAUUGGGUCAGGACUCGCCUCUUUUCCCAGCAUUUCAGGUCCCACCUGCUCUCAACUCUGCGCAGCCUCUGCAAUCACAUGGCCUGUCGCCUCAGCGACCCCCACCCUUCUUUAGGGAGUCACAGCUCCCUCAGCCUCCUCUGUCUGGCCCACAAAUCAAGCCUCCGCCCACCACCCCAAUUCCACCUUCACACAAACAACUACCACACCAGUCUGCUACACCUUUCCCCCAGAUGCCCUCUAAUCUCCCCCCUCCGCCUGCUCUAAAGCCCCUCAACUCUCUUCCCAACCAGCAUCCUCCAGGUGCUCCCCCUCCCCCUCUUCAGCUCAUGCCCCAGCCAUUGCCAAUGCAGUCACUUCCAGCCCAAUUUCCAGUGAUCUCUCAGGUGCCGACCCACUCUGGAAAAAGCAUGACUCCUUCUCACCCACCCGCGGCCGCCUCACACCCUCUCACCACUGUUACGUCUUCAGCUAUCGGCCCUGUGCCGAGCCUCCAGCCAUCCUACAUGCCUAUCCCCCUCAGACCGUCGCCGAGCAGCACAGCAGGGGGAUCACUUGUUCACAUUAAAGAAGAGCCACUUGAUGAGAUGGAAGAGGCAGAGAGCCCACCGUUGCCACCUAGGAGCCCCUCGCCAGAACCCACCAUUAUUAACAUGGCGAGCCAUGCCAGCCAGUCGGCACGGUUUAUCAAACACCUGGAUCGCGGUUACAACUCCUGUGCUAGAACCGACUUGUUCUUCACUCCACUUUCGUCGUCCAAAUUGGCCAAGAAAAGAGAAGAGGCUGUGGAAAAGUCGAGGAGAGAGGCCGAACUCAGCGCUCGGCAAGAGCGCGAAAGAGAGAAGGACAGAGAACGAGAGCGAGAAAGAGAGGCAGACAGAAACACUAGAGCCACCAGCUCCUCCCAUGACAGUCGUAUGAGUGAGGCCCAGAUGGCAGCUCAAGUACAUGGACGUCCCUCCUAUGAGCACCCACCCACCACUGUAGCCGCUGUGCCGCCCUAUAUUGGCCCUGAUACACCUGCUCUGCGCACCCUGAGUGAAUAUGCCCGACCACAUGUCAUGUCCCCUAACAACCGCAACCAUCCUUUCUACGUGUCCCUGAGCCCCGGUGACCCCCUGCUGGCCUACCACAUGCCCGGCCUGUAUAGUGCUGAACCCAGCCUGAGAGAACGUGAGCUGAGGAACCUCCGAGAGCGAGAGCUCCGCGAGAGGAUGAAGCCUGGCUUCGAGGUCAAACCCCCAGACAUGGAAACCUUACACCCCUCGGCCAACCCCAUGGAGCACUUUGCCAGACACGGUGCCCUGGGACUGCCCCACAUACCCGGGCCUCCCCACCACUUCGCACCCUUCCAUCCCGGGCUGAACCACCUGGAGCGGGAGAGGAUGGCUCUGGCAGGACCUCAGAUGCGCCCUGAGCUGAGUUAUGCUGAACGACUCACGGCGGAGCGUCUUCAUGCCGAGAGGAUGGCCUCUGUGUCAACUGACCCUGCUGCCAGGCUGCAGAUGCUCAAUGUGACGCCGCAUCAUCACCAGCACUCUCACAUUCACUCUCACCUGCACCUUCACCAACAGGACCCCCUCGGGCAAGGUUCAAGUCCUCAUCCUCUGGACCCGCUGUCAACAGGACCACGUUUGGCCCGAUUCCCCUUCCCUGGUGGCCCCAUCCCCAACCCUUUACUCAGCGAUCUUCCUCAUGAUCAUGAGAUGUUGCGCCACCCGCUGUUUGUUUUCAUGCCUUCCGUAGGAGGUGCAUACCCACGGGAGUUGCAGGGCCCGAUUCCUCAGAUGUCUGCUGCUCACCAGCUCCAAGCCAUGCACGCUCAGUCUGCAGAGCUGCAAAGGAUGGCUAUGGAGCAGCAGUGGCUUCAUGGGCACCACAUGCACGGAGGCCCCAUACCAAGCCAAGAAGAUUACUACAGCCGUCUGAAGAAAGAAGGGGACAAGCCAUCUUGAGUGUCAGGUGGUGCAUGAAACCCUACACUUACACCCUAUAGAAUACUGUGUACCUUUUGAGACUGUAAAAUAAUGUUUGUGUCUUUUUUGUUUUUGUUUUAAUAUAUUUUAGAAAAUACUUUGUGGACCUUUUAUGUGCAUUCCUCGUGCAGCACUUAAUGGGACUGUCAAAGUCCGUCUGAGAUUUUCAUAUCAUUUAAGAAUUUAUACUAGUUUUAUUAUGAAAAAUAACGAGCAAUCUUACUUAUUGGUGUGAGAUUUAGUGACAGGUUUUCUCUUAACAAACUGUCAAAUGGUUUGAUAUGCAGUUAUUUGAAUUUGCUAAAAUAAGGCUCUUACAAAGGAUAUGAAAACAGACAGACUUUGGUGUUGAAUUUAAAUAUAAUGUACCUACGAUGAUUUCUAAGUGAUUUCCUUGUACAGAAUGACAUUUUAAUCAGUGUUUGAAUGAACCUAGCAUGACUCAGUCUUCAGUUCUCACCAAACUAGAGUAGCAAGUUGCAUUGUGGUGUCUAGACUCUGAAAGUAUAGUAAAGGUUGGUUUUACUCUUAAAUCUGCUAAAUAUUUGUCUAAAUCCUAAAGUUUUAUAUAUCAAGAUAUCUUUUCACAGUAUAACCGAAGCUUUUAUUCGCUCAUUUUUGAGAUUGUAAAUACCACAUAUUCAAAAUAUUCUAUAUGAACAAGUACUAUUAAUAUAGCAGUAGAUGUGAACACACCCCCCCCCCCCCGAUUCAGCACGAUAGCAGUAAAUUAUAAGCUAAAAUAAACGACAUAUAGUGUUAUAAGGAGAGAUGAUUAUUAAUUGGACCACGACCUGUCACUACAGACCCAAAGUUUUAUUAGAACAGUGUAUUAACUUCAUAUUCAAUGAGAAGUGGAGAAAUUAAAUCUUUGUCAUGACAAUGAAAUAAUAAAAAAAAACCUGCUUCUACAUUCAAUAUUUAUGUGAUAUAAUACGAAGUGUAUCCAUUGCAUAUUUAUUUCAAUAAAUAUUUCUGCAGUGACACUUUA